AUGCCGCCGCCGCCGCCACCACCACCAACCUCCGCUGCACCCAUGUCCCCGGCAUCCCCAAACAAGCCGAUCCCAUCCCCGCGCCAGAUCGCCGCGCUAGUCCUGAACCAUCCGUCCUCCACGGUCACCGCCCCGUCGGCGCGCUCCCUCUCGGCGUCCCUCCUGGCCGCCGGCCCCGCGUCCGCGCUCCCGAUCCUGGCCCCCGUGGCCAACACCGUCAUCAAGCUCCUGUGGCACCACGCCGCACGCGCGCUCCUCUUCUUCCACGCUCUCCUCCGCCUCCCAGAGCGCUCGCGCCACCUCUCCCCGUGCACGGUGGACCUCGCGCUCGACCUCGCCGCGCGCCUGCGCCACCCGCGCCAGCUCACGAGCUCCAUCCUCGCGCUCUUCCCGCGCCACGGGCUCGCCUUCACGCCGCGCACGUUCCCCAUCCUGUUCGAGCGGUUUGCGGUGUCCCACCGCCGCCCCGACCUCGCCGUCCGGCUCUUCCUCUCGCUCCACCGCUCCCACAGCGUCGUGCAGGACCUCCCGUUGUUCAACUCCCUCCUCGAUGCGCUCGUCAAGUCGCGGCACGCGGGCAAGGCCGCCUCCCUCGUCCGUGCCCUCGAGCGGCGGUUCCCCCCUGACGCGGUCACGUUCAACACCCUGGCCGACGGAUGGUGCCGCGUCAAGGACACCUCGCGCGCGCUCGACAUCCUGCGGCAGAUGAUGAAGAAGAGAGGCAGCAACGACGAGAACUGUAAGCCUGACGUCGUAUCGUACACUACCGUACUUCAUGAGCUGGGUGUUGCUGGCCAGCUGGACAGAGCCCGCAAAGUGUUUGACGAAAUGUCUAGAGAAGGAUGCACGCCAUCGAUUGCAACUUAUAACGCGUUAAUUCAGGUAACCUGUAAGAAGGGCAACGUGGAGGAUGCUGUGGCUGUGUUUGAUGAUAUGAUCAGAAAGGGUUACGUUCCAAAUGUGGUUACCUACACUGUCUUAAUCCGAGGCCUCUGCCAUGCUGGGAAGAUUGAUCGAGCUAUGAAGCUUUUGGAUAGGAUGAAAAGGGAAGGUUGUGAGCCUGAUGUUCAGACACACAAUGUUCUUAUCAGGUAUUCAUUUGAGGAAGGGGAGAUCAAGAAGGCCUUGGAUUUGUUUGAGACAAUGAGCAAGGGAGAGGAAUGCUUGCCCAACCAAGAUACAUAUAAUAUUAUAAUAAGUGCAAUGUUUGUGCGUAAGAGAGCAGAGGACAUGGCGGUGGCCGCCAGAAUGGUGGUGGAGAUGGUGGAUAGAGGCUACUUGCCAAGAAGGUUUAUGUUCAAUCGUGUACUGAAUGGAUUAAUGCUGUCUGGGAGGGAAUCAAGAGCUGUCAAGAGAAAUAAGAUUGUGAUUGGCAUUGGGUUUUUCGAAUGA